AUGGAAGGGGUGCUCGCGGAAGUCCUGCUGGAGCAGAGCUGGGACCCCCGGGCCCUGUUCGGGACGCUGUGCCGAGGGGAAGCGUCCGCGGAGCGCGUGGAGACGCUGCGCUUCCUUCUGCAGCGGGGCCUGGGCCGCGCGGAGGACGCCCUGACGCGCAAGCGCGCGCGCUAUCUGCUGCAGAGGGCCGUGGAGGUGUCCGCGGAGCUGGGCGCCGACUGCACCUGCGACGCUCACGGGGGAACAGGCCCAAGUCUGUUUUGGUGGUCUGAGAAGAAAAAAGAUGAGCUUCUAAAAUUUUGGGAAAAUUAUAUUUUACUCAUGGAAACUCUAGAAGGAAAUCAGAUACAUGUUAUAAAGCCAGUCUUACCAAAGCUAAACAAUCUGUUUGAAUAUGCAGUGUCAGAGGAACAUGGCUGCUGGCUCUUUCACCCCUCCUGGCACAUGUGUGUUUAUAAAAGAAUGUUUGAGAGUGAGAAUAAAAUCCUGACCAAAGAAGGUGUUCUCCACUUUCUGGAGCUGUAUGAAUCUGAGUGUCUUCCAUUUUCACCAGACUUUUCCGAGUUUAUUAUUGGACCAUUAAUGGAUGCCCUUUCAGAGAGCUCUCUCUAUGGCAGGUCCCCAGGCCAGCUGGUAGGAAGUGGUUCUCCAUUGGGAUUAAAGUUACAGAAGUUUUUAGUCACUUAUGUUUCUCUUCUUCCAGAAGAAAUAAAGAGUGGCUUUCUGCUCAGGUUCCUUCAGAAGAUGACAAGCAGGCACUGGUGUGCAGUGCCUGUGCUCUUUCUGUCCAGGGCUCUGGCGAGUGUCCCGCGGUGCAAGGCCCUGGGAGUGGAAGGGCUGCUGGCCCUCAGGGACGUUCUUCGGUGCACCAUGGUCACACACCAGGUCCUGCUGCGGGGUGCAGCACAGUGCUAUUUACUUCAGGCGGCUCUGCGUUUGGUGGACGUGGAGCAAGUGUCCCUCUGCGAUGUCUCUGCACUCCUCAUGUCUCUGAGACAGGAGGAAUCCUUAGGACGAGGAACUCUGCUAUGGACAGAGCUCUGUGACUGGCUGCGUGAGAACGAGCUGUACUUCAGGCAACCCUCUGCCAGUGGCUCCCAGGGCCUGCAGGAGGCAUCCUUGGCCACAUACGUGAAGAACCUUGUCCAGGAGUACGUGAGGUCCCCUGCCUGGGAAGCAGGAGAAGGCGGCCUCAUGCCUGAUGGGCUAGAGGCCCGGCUGACGGCCACGAUGGUGUUGCUGGCGGUGGAUGUGGAAGGAAAGAAGGCCCAAUACAGUGAAAAGCAGAGGACACAGAACAUGUUGAGGCUGUUCUUGGAUCCCCUGCUGGGAGCCCUGAUGAAGUUCGGUACAAAUGCCUAUGUGCCAGUGCCCAAGACUGACCGGUGUCUGCAGCUGCUGCUGAUGUUGUUGCACACGUGCACGUCGAGGGGCUCCAGCACCCAGGAAGACGAGGUGUCCGUGCUUCUGCAGAGCCUCCUCAUGUCCGCCUCAGAGAGCGUGUCCGAGUUCAUUCUCAGGAGACUCACCAUGGAUGAGCUUCGCACUGUUUCAGAUCUCGACCGUUGCCACUUGUACCUGAUGGUCCUAACUGAGCUCAUACAUCUCCAGCUGAAGUUGGGGUGGAAAGUGGGUGCCUCUAUCUGCAGAGUUAUUUCUCCUUUGAAGAACGCAUGCAUUCGGCACCUUCAGGAGACCGACAGUGGACAGGAGCCCACACUUGCUCGUCAGAUCCAGAGAGUGGCUAGCAUGGCCACCUUGGCCAGGGUGUGCGAGAUAGUGGACCUGCAGCAGGAGUCCCUGGACAUGGGGCCCCUGGAAAGGUUGCUUUGCACUCUUCCACUUAACCAGACUCUGCAGAAGCCCUGUGCAGAGGACCCAGAGAGCAGCAGUUUUUUUGAGGAGUCAUCGCCUUGCCAAGGAUGGGGGAAGAUUGUAGCCCAGUAUGUCCACGAUCAGUGGGUCUGCCUCUCCUUCCUGUUGAGACGGUGCCACCCCCUCGAGCCAGCUGCAGAAGGAGACAAGCUGGAGCCCUCACUGCCCUCUGUGCGAACACCAACACAGAUCCUGUGCGCUGCGCUGGAUGCCCUCUCUCUUUUGCCCUCUGACCGGGUCUCACCCGUGUUCUGCUGCAUGAAGACUCUGGUCCCCCAGCUGCUGACCUCCUCCGAGUCGCUCUGUGUGGAGUCCUUCGACGUGGCCUGGAGAGUCCUGACCUCCUUGAGCAACACCCAGCUGACGUUCUGGCCCAACUUGAGAGCUUUCGUUCAGUUUGUUUUUGAUAAUACCAUUCUCUCCACUGCUGCAAAAACCAAGGGCCAGGCAUAUUUCAGGAUAAAAGAGAUUAUGUACAAAAUCAUUGAAAUGUCUACUGUAAAAACCGGGGUCUUCAAUACACUGAUGAGUCACUGCUGCCAGUCAUGGCUGGUGUCUCCUGCCAGCGGGCCCCAGGGGUCUCUGUCCAGUGCCAGGCACUACAGUGAACUCAUCCUGGAGGCAUGUACAUUUGGAACUGUGUUCAGGCGUGAUCAGAGACUCAUUCAGGAUGUACAGACCUUCAUAGAGAGUCUGGGACAUGACUGUGCAGCCAAUGUUGUCAUGGAGAGUACUAAAAGGGAAGACUGUUAUGUGAGGGUCUGUGCCAUCAAAUUCCUGUGUCUGUUAGACUGCUCCAACACGGCCCACAAGUCAUUCAUGGAGGAUCUUGCAAUCAAGCUGUUGGACAAAGACGAGCAGGUGUCCCAGUCCAGAGACCGCUACUACCAGAACUCUCUCCAGCACCGGGUGAAGAACCGGAUAUGGCAGGUGCUACUCACGCUCUUCCCCAGGUUUGACCAGAAUUUCUUGAAUGAGAUUAUUGACAAGAUUUUCCAAGCUGGUUUUAUCAACAAUCAAGCAUCUAUAAAAUAUUUUAUAGAAUGGAUCAUUAUAUUGAUUCUUCAUAAGUUCCCUCAGUUUCUUCCAAAGUUCUGGGAUUGUUUUUCUUAUGGUGAAGAAAAACUUAAAACAAGUAUUUGUACAUUUUUAUCUGUUUUGUCACAUUUGGACAUUAUCAUUCAAAAUAUUCCAGAAAAGAGGCGAGUACUAAAGCAGGCCCUCCUCAUUGCAAUGAAAUGGGGUCUCAGCCACAACUUUAGCAUCCGGCUGUACGCUCUGAUAGCUCUGAAGAAGGUCUGGGCAGUGUGCAAAGCCCUCUGCGUGGAGGAGUGUGACGCGUGGACGGCUCUCAUAGAGUGUAGUCUCAGCCAGGUGGAGAGCAUGCAUGGUGCAGGGAAUGCCAAGAAGAACUGGCAGCGCAUCCAGGACCACUUCUUCUUUGCCACAUUUCACCCCCUGGAGGAUUACUGUCUGGAGACCAUCUUUUACACCCUCCCACGGCUCUCGGGCGUCAUUGAAGAGGAGUGGAUCACCCUUGACAGAUUUUCCAGCUUCACAGAUGUCCCUUCAGGUUCAGGGCCCCUGUGGUGCCUUUCUCGGACUCCGCUCUAUGAGCUAAAUCCCGGGGACUGGUCCCAGCAGGACGCAGGCACUGGCUCAAGGGAAGCAGAUGGCCCUUCUGAGCAGGCUGAUGUGCAGAAGAAGAUCAUCCCGUGGGGACACGACCUCCUCGACACAGACCUGGAGCUUGUGCUCCAGGACCGUGCUGCCAAACUUGGAAAGUCCAUCAGCAGACUGAUUGUAGUGGCCUCGCUAAUUGAUAAACCAACUAAUUUAGGAGGCCUGUGCCGGACCUGUGAGGUGUUCGGGGCCUCAGUGCUGGUGGUCAGCAACCUUCAUUGUGUCCGUGACAAGCAGUUUCAGCACCUCAGUGUCUCAGCUGAACAGUGGCUUCCUCUGGUGGAGGUGAAGCCGCAUCAGCUCCCUAGUUAUCUGCAACAGAAAAGGGCAGCAGGUUACACGGUCAUUGGUGUAGAGCAGACUGCCCACAGCUCAGACUUGGCCCAGUUCUGCUUCCCUGAGAAGUCGCUGCUCCUAUUGGGCAAUGAACGGGAAGGCAUUCCUGCCAACCUUCUACAGCAGCUGGACAUGUGUGUGGAGAUUCCCCAGCAGGGCGUCAUCCGCUCACUGAACGUGCACGUGAGCGGGGCCCUGCUGAUCUGGGAGUACACCAGGCAGCAGCUGCUCAGGCGUACAGGAGCCUCAUCGUGAAGCCUGUGCCUUACCUCAGUGGUCACGGUGCCUCUUGACUGCUUUUUAAACUAUUUGGAAUAAUGAAAGAGAUUCUGACAUUUAUUGGGAUAUGAAUUUUUUUUGUUCUUGCAAUUUAAUGCCAAAAACUUGUUCAAUGUGCCUUAAAUAUAUCAUUAUAUAUUUUCUCCUUUGAUAAAUCUUUAUAUAGAUACAUGAUUUUGCUUAUUAAUAAAACAUUUUACAUAAUUAUGAAAAUAAAACAACAUUUAAAAAAAAAAAGUCCUUCUAGAAGUUAAUAUCAUCAGGAAUACAAAGUGCACUCAAAGUAAAGUGA